AUGAUAAAUUUUAAUGAUGCUACUGCUGGUGUUUUCUGGGGUAAUAAAAAUGUAGAGUGGACGGCGAGUCAUUCAACGGGGGCUGCGGGAGGUAUGGUUAUCUUAUGGAGGAAAGAUAGUAUGGUGGUUAAUCAUAGUUUCAUAGACAAAGGUUUUGUUGGCAUUAACGUAACAUGGAAAGGUAUGGUGUAUAAUCUAGUCAACGUAUAUGCCUCGUGUAAUAGAAUAGAGAGGCAACAAACUUGGGAAUCCUUAAUUAGAAUAAAAAACAGUAGGACUAAUGAGGAUUGGUGUGUGGCGGGUGACUUUAAUGAGGUGUUGAGAAAAGAAGAGCGUAUAGGGGAAUGUUGUAAUCGGAAUAGGGGUGGCAUGGAGGAUUUCCGUAGCUUCGUUGAGGAAAUGGAAUUAAUUGAUAUUAGUUGUGUUGGUGGGAAGUAUACUUGGUUCAGAGAUAAUGGCAAAUCUAUGAGUAGAUUAGAUAGAUUCUUACUUACUAAGAAAUUGAUAGAGUCAUGGGAGGUGGUUGAUCAAAGAAUCGAUAAUAGAGAUAUCUCGGAUCAUGCCCCGAUUCGUCUAAAUGUGGGGAAAAUAGAUUGGGGCCCGAAACCUUUUUGCUUCAAUAAUUCUUGGCUUAAGCAUGAAGAUUUUAAUGAUUUUGUGGAAAAGGAGUGGAAGAAGUUGGAGGUUAGAGGUAGGGGGACUUUGUGCUUUAUGAAAAAUUAA